UGCGUUUUGUUGUAACUAGGAUACAGAUAAAAACAGAACAAAAUUUUAAGAUAAUGGAAAAGUUUGCAGUAACCCUGUUUUUGAUUAUACUCCUAUGUUCAAGAUGUGAAGCUUAUAGAAAACAUGAUGUUGUUCCCAACGGAACAAUUUGGUUGGGAGAAAGUAUAAAACUGGUUAUUUUUAUCCCAAAUAUGAGAGGCCCAUCGUUUGGUGGGUGAACAACGAACGAUACGAGUGUGACAGCACAUGCAUGGACAGUUCUUACUACAAAGUCACACAAUAUAAUGAUACAUCAACUCUGUGGAUUGCGAAUGUCACGUGGGAGAAUUCCAAAUGGUUUGUCGAGGAUGACAAUCUUGAAUUUGGAAAAAUUGAUUUGGACAUAAACGUGAGACCGAAAAUUGAAACCAAAUCCACCAGCACCGAACACAUAGUAAUGGCCAAAUGUUCACAUCCUAGGACAACAAUCAGAUGUUACUAUGGACAGGAACGUUUGUCAUUUACCCAUGAAAGUGUGAGUAAAUGUCCUGAUGGGAGAACAUUUAGCACCAUUGGAAUAUUAAGAUAUCCGAGGCUUUGUGGAGAUCUGACCUGCUGGUUUACUAUUGGAAAGAUAUUCAUGGAAGAUCGGUUGUUGAAGUUUGGAAUGAAACCAAAAAUUGAAAUCACAAAAAGCAGCUGCGAAUACAAAAUAACAGCGAGGGAUUCCAGUCCUCUGACAUCAAUCGAGUGUUUCGCUGGAAAUAAACUUUUGGAAUUUACCAAUGUCCGUAAGAGCAACUCUUCUGACGAAAGAACUUUCAGAAACAUCAUGACAUUACUUUUAUCGAAUUAUUCUGGAAAUGUGACAUGCAAUGUUAUCACAAUUAUGGAAAACCAAUGUAAAAAUCCUACGCCAAGAAGUAAUACUGUGAUCAUAGUCUUCGUGGUUUUAUUUUCACUUCUGCUCAUUCUUGUAUGCUUUCUGUUCUGGUAUAUAAUGAAAACUUGCAAACGUAGAAGAGAGACUGGGGAAACACCAAAACUGAGUAUAUACAAUAUGAUGCAAAAUAAAGAGAAUGGUCAAGUACUCAAGCAUGGAUAUGUUCCGGUAAACUAUGAAGAGACUGGGGAAACACCAAAACUGAGUAUAUACAAUAUGAUGCAAAAUAAAGAGAAUGGUCAAGUACUCAAGCAUGGAUAUGUUCCGGUAAACUAUGAAGGGCCUAGCAUAAUAUUAGACGAGGAGGCUGAUUCCAGACCAGUAUCAAAUGAAGGAAGAGAGAGAGAAUCACAGCCGAAUGAAAACAUUCCUGCUUCAAUUGAAGGAAGAGAGAGAGAAUCACAGCCGAAUGAAAACAUUCCUGCUUCAAUUGAAGGACCUUUCCACGGCACAUGUUCCAUGAUUAUUGCCAUACAUUAGGGGUUUCCGGAAGACGCUACUGAAAUAUUGUAUCAAAUAUGUUUCUUCUGAUCAUUCCAGCUUUAUGAAAUUUCUUCUAACUAUUUCGGAAGUACAUUUUCGAAAAUUAUCUUUAUAAAACAAUUUAUAAUCUUUCAAAUUUAUAAAAAUGUCUUCCAAAAAAUUGAUGUAAUAAAGUUUAGUAAGGAGCUCAAAUUCAAUCCCUUCUCCCCAAUUUAAAAU